CUUCACGGCGGUGGAUACAGUAGAGUGAGCGUGCGCAUCAACGCAGACACACCAGCUAACAUACACACACACACACACAAGAUCAGUGCACCGAAAAUUACAAAGAAAAAAGGCAAAAACUCAACAAAACAGCGAGAAACAAAAGCAGAAGAUUACUUCGCAAGCGCACACAUUAAAUAAAUAGCAGCUCACUUGUUUCGAACGAUUUCAGUCGCUUCGCAGACAGCUAACAAUACAACGCAUGCAAUAUUAGCUGCCAAAAAAAUACAGAUUAACUCAGCUGUAACCCAACACGCAAACCGCCCACACACACAGAGAAAUACAUUGGAAAAUGGUUAUUUUGCGCCCACUACCCGACGAUUUGGCUAAAAAAGCCGCCGAGGAGUUGAACGAGAAGCCGGACGACAACGACUACUAUGUGAAUGCCUUGCGUGAAUGGGCCGAAAAGCAGCCGCAUUUGUGCGCGCGCACAGACGAUCAAUUUCUGAUCGCAUUUUUGCGCGGCUCCAAAUUUAGUUUGGAGAAAGCGAAGCAAAAGUUGGAAAACUUUUACAUACUACGCGCUGCAAUGCCGGAAAUCUUUCGUAAUCGCAAUUUGAGUGAACCGAAAUAUGAGGCGAUCGUCAAAUCGGGCGCAGCAUCCUUUCUGCCCGAACCCGUCGGUGAGGGUGGCCCCUUAGUGGUGCUGCUGCGUCCUAGCGAAUUCAAUAUGGAUCUUCAUAAUAUCAACGAUGUGCUGAAAGUGGGUUCAAUGAUGAUCGAUAUACUGAUGCAGGAGAAUGAUCGCGUUUUCGUUGCUGGUUAUACAUUCAUCAUUGAUCUGGGUAAUAUUUCAAAGGCUGUGCUGAUGAAUUUCGAACCGGAAUUCGUACGCAAAUUAACCAUACUAGUCAAUAAGGCGGCGCCCACACGUAUGAAGGGUUUCCAUUUUAUCAAUGUGCUGCCGAUCUUCGAAAAAUUAUUCGGCAUGGUGAAGAGUGUGAUUAGCGCUAAGCUGAAGGAUCGGUUCUACGUUCACGGCACCAAUUUCGAGGAACUUUACAAACACGUACCCAUACAUGUGUUGCCCAAAGAAUAUGGCGGUGAUUGUGAUCUUAAAAGUCUCUCUGACGAAUGGUGGCAAAAGCUGAAUGAUUAUAAGAAAUUCUUUGAAGAAGAAGAAAAAUAUGGUGUAGCUGAAGGUUAUGACAAGCUUAAGCAAGUAAAAGAACUCAUUGAGGAUACAAGCAUAUUGCAAGGCACUGAGGGCUCUUUCCGGCAAUUGGAAUUCGACUAAAUGAGUGAACUCACGCGCUGUGUAUUUAAAGAUCAAGAAAACAACCAAAGCAAUUAGUAGAAUAUUUGCAAUUUUUUUAUACUUAUCUACUUAUAAUAAUUAUUUAAAACUAUUUGU